AUCUGUGAACCAAUUGUUACCAAUUGUUAUUAAACUAUUGAAAUAAACAUGCAACAAAGUUACCAUUUAUUGUAAUUUAUUAUUUAUGAAGAGAGCUGACAACAAUUAUCAACAACAAAGAUUCAUUAUAUCAUGACUAUUUGAUGAUGUACAAAGGGUACAGAUUAUAUUGAUAGCAUAAAAAAAAAAUACAGAAAAAAAGUGUUAAAAGUUUAAUUAAAGAAGUUCAAUUACAAAUUUUAUUGGAUUCUAUUGUAUAUAAAGAAUUUUGCUGUUUUUUAUCAAGUUAUUGUUGUUACAUUCAACCUCAGACUUGGUGUACUUGGUUUUUUAAGUACUGCUGAUGAAAGUGGAAUUUGUAAUUAUGGUAAACUGGAUCGAGCAAUGCCAUUUCAAUGGGUUUAUAAUAUUAUACAAAAUUAUAAUGGUAAUCUAAAAGACAUAACAUUAUUUGGACAUGGAGCAGCUAUGUAUCAGCUGAUUGUUGAUUAAUUUUUGUAAUGAAAGAAAUGGUUUUAAACUCUGAUAAAAACAUGGUUGUAAACGCUGUUGAACCUUGUAAUAAUGUCAACGAGGACGAUGACAACAGUCUUGAAUCUGAAGAUGAUAAUUACGAUGAUGCUGAAUUUCAAUCCUUGAAUGCUCAGCUGGAUCAACUUAAUUCAGUAUUGGAUAACCUUGAAACUAAAAAUGACGUUAUACGUGCUGAAUUAGUUGAAUUACUUAAAUCAAAUAAGGAAACAAGAAAACAAAUUCAAGACUCUCAAUUAACAUCAACAACAAGUAACGAUGAUAAUAAAAAUUAAUUAAUAAUAAACGUCUGUUGCCA